AUGUCGCUUCAAGUCCAUGACCCACGGUCGCGCACCCGAUCCAAGUCUCCAGGCCACCGCGAGCACUCCCGGUCGCGAGACAACAGACCACACUCCCCCACAAACUCACGUUCUCACUCUCGUCAACGCUCCAAAUCCCCUGCAAUUGCAAUCGCCCAGCCGCGAAAGUAUGACGUGAGAGAAGAUGAGGCCCAAUACAAACGCAAAGAGAGCACACGACAUGAGGACUCGAUCCGCGCCUCUCGCAGCCCUGCACGCUACGACGUUCGACACUCCAAUCCAGACGAGCACCGCAGUCGAGAUAGAUCGCGCCGACCGGAUGAUCGAUACGACGGUCGCUAUGACCAUUCAGACGACGACCACAUGAGAGUGGUACAGCCGCGUGAACACACCCGCUCGCAUCAGCGCAUGUCCUCCACUAGCGGCCGCAAUUCAAGACGUUCUUCCCCCGAUUCAUCAGACGAUGAACAUCUCGCCUAUGGCGAUGGUCCGGGUAGUCAUCCUAGCUAUGCCCAACCGGGGAGAUACCAGUAUGCGCAGCCGUCGCAAUUCACCCACGCGCAGCCUACUCCGCGCCAGUCCGACACGCAGAUCGAUUGGGCUUCUGUGCCCGAAUGCGAACGACCAGGCUUCGUGCCCCCGUCUUCGUCUUCACAGGCUCAACCGAGUCCCUCUGGCCCUGGAAUGCCGGGUGCUUUCCCUUCUGGCCCUACAGCUCCGACUUUCCCCAUGCCUCAGUAUUCAGGCACCCAGCAGACUCAUUACGCGCCGGUGACUGCGCAUGGAGGAACUGUACCGUCUCAUCAGCGUGUGCCUUCUACGGGCGAUCCAGGCUAUGCCACCUCGAACUCCGCCUAUGCUCAGCCGAAUAGUUAUCAGUAUGCGCAGGUUGAUCCAAAGGUUCGCUAUACUUCCAAGACUCAGCCUAAGGUGCCGUAUACUGCUUCGGCGCAGGAACAAUUCUCUCAAACUUCGGAUCAUGCAAAUUCUGAGCAGUUUGCGAAGAUGCCUGAGCAGCCGAGUUAUCCCAUUCGGUAUACUGAGGAGCCCCAGUUCGGAGACAAACACUCUUCGUUGCAGCCGCAGCUGCCACCGCGGCCCAACCAGCAUCAAUUUGUGGAAAUCACCCCCGGUGGUGGGAGACGUCCACAUAGCCUGUCUGUGUCGUCGGCUAAUAACCUCGCUGUUGCUGGGGCCCCGCAAUCAGGCUAUCAUCCACCUGCCAGUCCCUUGUUGGAGCCAUAUCAGGGUACUUACCAGUCAAUGUCGCCGAUGCCUUCUCCCAUUGUCAUUCCGUCUAUCAAAGACGAUGAAAUCUCCGACGUAGAGCUGGAUGGGGCAGCUUCCAACUCAGAAACACGGCGAAAGAAGCACAUGCGAACUAGAUCGAGUGACAAUGAAGCUCGCUACCGGAGCAGUAAUGAAAAGAUCAGGGAGAAGUCACGAGACCGAGGAGAUCGUGAUCACAACCACCGAAAGGAAGAUAAACAUCGCAGUCGCCCAAGCACCCACGACCGACACGACUCAAGCUCGUCUCUGGCAGCAGGCGACUCCCUCGUCCUAAUAUCACCGACAACCUCACGAAAACGCGUCUCAUUCUACGAUGCAGACGCCGACGCCGAAGCGAUGAAAAAUGCCCUCAACCACGCCCGCAGCAUCGACAACAAAACUCUCAUUCACGUCCUACCCCCACUAAGCAGCGACGAAAUCCUCCUCCUGCGGCAUGAGUACAAAAACCGCGUCAAGAUGCACGGCAAAGGAGUCAAUCUCGCCAAACACCUCCGUCUGAAACUGGGCAGUUCCUCCUUUGCCAAAGUCUGCUAUGCCACUGCCCUCGGCCGCUGGGAAUCAGAGGCAUACUGGGCUAACUGCUACUACCAAGUCGGAACAUCCCGCCGCGAACUGCUUAUUGAAUCACUAACCGGCCGCUCCAAUGCUGCAAUCCGAGAGAUCAAGGCUGCGUUUCGCGAUACCCGCUACGAUAACAGUCUUGAGCGGUGCAUGAGAGCCGAGCUGCGCGCAGACAAGUUCCGCACUGCGAUCCUUCUCGCCCUGCAAGAGCGUCGCCAGGGUGAUCGUGAUCCGAUAGAUCUUCGCCUCGUCCGCCAGGAUGUAUCUGAUCUGCACCGCGCGCUAGUUGCUCGCGAAGGCGGUGAAACCGCCAUGAUCGAGAUCAUUGUCGUGCGGAGCGACGCACACCUGCGCGAAGUACUUCGCAGCUACGAGGGUAUAUACGGGCAGAAUUUUGCGCGGGCGAUGAUAGCGAAAUCAAGGAAUCUAAUAGGAGAAACACUCGCUCAUAUCCUCAAUGGCGCUAUAAAUCGUCCCAUGCGGGACGCCCUCCUCCUCCACCAAGCUCUUCGCGAAUCGCGUUCCGGCCGUGAACGUUCUGAACUGCUAAUAUCCCGCCUCGUUCGUCUGCACUGGGAACCGCGGCAUAUGGAACUAGUCAAGAGCGAGUAUCGACGUCGAUACGGCGAUCUGAUUGAGGAGGCGAUCGCGGAAGAAGUCCUAACAACGAGCGGCGGCAGUGAAUGGGGAGAAUUUUGUAUUGAACUCGUUCACAGUUCGAGGCCUUGA